AUGGCUUUUUCAACCACGAGUGCAGUCACAUGCAAUGUUCCCACCAUCGAGAAAAGAACCUGGUUCGCAGGUGCCGGUUUCGUUCCUCCAGACGCGAUCUUUGCAUUGACAGCGCAGUACAACGAAGACCCGUCUCCUCGCAAGGUCAAUCUCGGCCAGGGUACUUACCGGGAUGAUGAUGGCAAGCCGUGGAUUCUUCCAUCAAUUCGGCGCGCGCGAGAGCAGCUUCUUUCAGAGAGGUUGGAUCACGAAUACCUGCCUAUACUUGGUCUGCGUGAAUUUUGUGAAAGUGCUGCCGAGCUUGCUCUUGGUUCGAAGAUCUAUGCUGCUCGCGACAGACUUGCCAUCUGCCAAAGUUUGUCCGGUACAGGCGCAUUGCAUUUGAUCGGCUUGCUGCUCAAGAGAACCCAAAGUCCACUACCCAAGAUAUAUAUUCCGGACCCUACAUGGUCCAACCAUUACCAGGUAUUCAAGUCUCUAGGCUUCCAUUGCGAAACAAUGCCCUACUACGAUUACAAGCACAAGGCACUGGACUGGUCCUCCUACCUGACUGCCUUGGAGGACGCCGAACUGGGAUCAGUCAUCAUCAUUCAUGCUUGUGCACACAACCCCACGGGUUGCGAUCCUAGCCAAGCACAAUGGCGAGAUAUUGGUAACAUCAUGAAACAGAAGAAUCUGUUUCCGUUGUUCGAUGCAGCAUACCUUGGGUUCAAUUCCGGAGAUGUGGAUGAGGAUGCAUUUGCAAUUCGUCACUUCAUCGAUGAGCUCAAGUUGGAAACCGCCGUCUGCGUGUCAUUCGCANAAAACAUGGGCCUUUAUGGUAAGCUUUUAACGUCUAACAGUGUUAGUAGAAGGCUGCUGACCACAAUUCUGUCGCAGNGAGAACGUGUCGGAUGUGCCAUCGUGGCUUCGAAUAGUCAGUCUGUAGCCAGAAACGUGCAAUCUACGCUCGAGAAUAUCCAAAGAUCGGAGGUGUCCAAUCCACCUGCCUUUGGUGCCAAGCUUGCGAGCGCUGUACUAGGGUCCGAAGAGCUGCGAAGUACAUGGUAUGCGGACCUGAAAACCAUGAGUGGCCGGAUCCGAGAAAUGCGAGGAAGUCUCCAUGACGAAUUGAUCGCUUGUGGUGCUCCAGGACCCUGGGGCCACUUGGUGAAGCAGAGCGGAAUGUUCGGAUUUCUCGGAUUGCCUGAAGGUGUUGUUACAGUCCUCAAGGAACAAUUCCACAUUUAUAUGCCGAGCAACUCCCGGAUCUCGCUCGCGGGACUGAAUUCGAGGAACGUCGGAUAUGUUGCUCUAUCCAUUGGGAAAUGUAUGAAGGAGGUCGCGAUUGACACAAACGGAGAUCGGGAACACAGCCGAAACUGGCUC